AUGGUCAACACAGUAGAGCCUAGUCCUCUAACCAAUAUCUCCCGACACAUCACCGACCAUGACCGUAACGGCAAAGCCAUAAUAUCCUCCUUUCUCUCCUCAGAAUCUACCUGGACCGCCACGAAAGGCGCCAAGUUCUUUCUGGGAUACUGCACAUCGGACUUUCCAGUAGAGAUGAGCUCCAACAAAGACAUAUCCAGCUACACGACUUAUCUAUCGGCUCCACCAGGCCUAAUGGUUCCAGGGGGUACCGUCCUCCGUGUCGUGGAUAUGGAACCUGGGCAUAUCUCACCGAUGCAUAGAACUACGAGCUUGGAUUACGGGGUGGCUAUCGAGGGGGAAGUGGAGUUGGUUCUGGAUGGGGGUGAAAAGAGGAUCUUGAAGAGAGGUGAUAUUUGUGUGCAGAGGGCUACAGCUCACGCUUGGAGAAACUGUAGUGAGACAGAGUGGGCGAGAAUGCUAUAUGUUCUGACAGAGGCAAAACCGGUUAUUGGAGAAGAUGGGAAGGAGUUGAAGGAGGAUUUAGGUACAAUGGAUGGAGUGAGGAAAAGUGGCUAA